AUGCACUUUCUUGGUGUCCUCCUCUUUGGUGCAGUCGUACUGCUCGACACUUCGAAUGCUCACUUGCGCCCGCACCCGCUCGCUUCAGGCUCGUUGGAUUCAAAUCGUAACCUUUUCGCGCACCCGGACGAAGCGCAGUCGGAUCAGCGUGUCAAGGAUGGCGAUCUCGGGAAUGAGGACGACGAAGACGAGAGGAUCAACAUUUCUGAAGGGCUUUCUUGGAUCAAGAAUUUGAAGCAACCUCUACGGCCAAAAGUUACCUUGGGAAAGCUGGAUAGCUGGAUCGACCAGAAAAAGUCACCGGACCACGUGUUCGAAAGAUUCGGUCUCCAUAAGCCUAAUACGCAGCUUUUUGAUAGUCCGGACUUUAAAUUAUGGGUUGCGUACACGAAGAUGGUCGUUGAAAUGGAACCUGAUCACAUGGCAGCAGUGCUGACUACGCUAAAGAAAUACUACUCGGAAGAUGAGCUGGUAGCCAUGCUCGUAAAAGCCGAGAAGACCGAACUAAGAGAGAAGAUUUUCGCCCAGUUGCAUACCGAGUGGUUGGCUCAAGAAGAACCUUUGCGUGACGUGUUCACGACGUUUGGGCUGCACAAAGUCAAUGGCAAUGAUUUAAAACAUGGCUUGUUCGCUAGAUGGCUCAAAUAUGCCGAUGAGUACUUGAAAGCUCAAGGAAACAAACACGAGAGCAUCGCGAGAGUUGAUCCCGCGGUAACAAUUCUAUCUGCGCUGAGGGGAUGUCUUCGACAAGAUGCGCUGGUGAGAAUGCUCGCGGCGGCGGAGAAGACCGACACAACGGAUGGCAUUUUCUCCGUAUUGUAUUCCGAGUGGUUAAAACGUGAUGUCUCUCCGCUUGGUGUUGUUGGAAUAUUUGGGCUCCACAAGACGAAGGGCAACGACUUGGAACCUGGCUUGCUCGCCAGAUGGGCGAGCUACGUGGAUAAAUAUUUUGAUAUCGAGGGAGAAGCCAAGUACAAAUCAUACAACAUCAAGGAAAUGGUGAGUGCGCUCCUGAUGUACUACCCGACGGAUAAGCUGGUGAACAUGCUUGGAACAGCCAAGAGGACCGAGGAAGCGGACAGCAUUUUCUCUGCGCUGUAUGGCAAGUGGGCAGCUGAUGAAAAAGCUUCGCUCGAUGUCUACAUGUCUUUUGGACUACAUAAGACACAGAGUAUUGAGUCGCAACGUGCUUGGUUCGCCAGAUGGCUCAGCUACAUUGAAGCACAGAGCAAAGAGCAGGGAAACUCUGGACUGAUCAUGCUCCCGGCGGUGACUGGACAUAUUAGCUACUCGGAUUUGACGCAGCUGCUUAAAGAAGGAAAGACCGAGGCAGCUCAAGUUUUAAAGGGCAUACUACCGUUUUUCUGGAAGGGAAAAGAUCCGGGCGAUGUAUUUAAAGUGGCGUCACUCAAGGAAGAUGGCGAAUUACUGGCGAGUGCGGAGUUCCAGACUUGGUUAAAGGUUAUCGACAAACACAACAAGGUAAACCCUAAACAAGCAACGAGCGUGGUUGAGACGAUGGACUACUUCUUUGGCGAGGAAAAGCUGACGACAAUCUUAAUCGCCGCAUCGAAACAGCCUGAAUCAGCCAACCUGGCCAGGGAUUUAAUGGCCAAGCAGCUCGAGCAAUGGCUUGGGAAAGCGAGAAAGUCAUUUGCCGAUGAUAGGUAUACACCAGCAUCUGUCUUCGCGAAGCUGCAACUUGAUAAAGACGAAAACUUACUAACGAACCCGUUAUUCAGUCUCUGGGUCAAGUAUGCGGACGAUGAAAGGAGGAGAGUGUCUCUAAUGUCGGUACUUCUUACGUACUACAGUGACGAUGCUCUCGCGAAGAUGAUCUUCGAGGCGAAAAAGAUCAAGGGCGGAGAGCUGGCAGCUAAACGCUUGGAGGCUGAGCUAUUCAAGCAUUGGAUGAUUACGUCAAUACAAAAUGGUGAGGAUCACAGGCUUUUCGUCUUAAACGCUCUAAAAAUAGACGAAAACGGAUUGCCAAGCGACUUGCUAUCCAUCUACAAGGAUUUUGCGGCUUUCAGUGAGAAGACGAUGAACCUAAGGAAAGACGCAUCCGGGACUACAUCAAUAGAGGUAGCGCAGAAGCUGAAGGAUUCAAUAGAGAUGAACAAGAAGCUGAAGGCGGCGAAGACCGAGGAAGAAAUGUCAAUGAAGACGAAGAAGAGCUGGCUGAAGUUCUUAAAAAGGAGGCGUAUAAUUAAAGACAAAGCUGCAUAG